UAUUAACGGACACCUCCUCCUUUACUCAGUGUUGAGCUAAGUAAGAGUAAAAAAAUGGCGGCCGCAGCGUCUAUGAUGCCGAUCUUCGGUCAUCAGAUUUCCUCGAAAAAUGACCUGGUUCCGGACUGGAGCAGGGAGGAAGUCAGCACAGGGACCACCAUCAUGGCGGUGGAGUACGAUGGAGGAGUGGUGAUUGGAGCCGACUCCCGGACCACCACAGGAGCUUACAUCGCCAACAGAGUGACAGACAAACUGACCCGAAUCCACGACAGGAUCUACUGCUGCAGGUCUGGAUCGGCUGCAGACACUCAGGCCAUCGCUGAGGUUGUUUCCUACCAGCUGGGCUUCCACAGUGUGGAGCUGGACGAGCCCCCCCUGGUGGAGACAGCGGCCAACCUGUUCAGAGCCAGCUGCUACCGGUACCGAGAGGAGCUGAUGGCUGGGAUCCUGGUGGCCGGCUGGGACCGCAGGAAGGGAGGACAGGUGUACUGUGUUCCCAUUGGAGGAAUGCUGGUCCGUCAGCCCGUGGCGGUGGGCGGCAGCGGCAGCACCUACGUCUACGGCUUCAUGGACUCCAACUACAAACCGGGCCUGAACAAGGACCAGUGUCUGGAGCUAACUGCCUCAGCUCUAUCUCUGGCCAUGGAGAGGGACGGCUCCAGCGGCGGCGUCAUCAGGCUGGCCUCCAUCUCUGAGGACGGCGUGGAGCGGCGGGUCAUUCUGGGAGACCAGCUGCCCCGGUUCUCCACUCACUGAGCGCGCUCACUUCCUCUGUUUGUGUUACAGUUGUUAAUAAAGGUUUCAGUCUGUUA